CAACAACAACAACAACAACAACAACAAGUGCUCGCUUGAUCGACCACACCUGCCACGAUGAUGUCCUCGGAGCUCUUUGGCGAUAACUCGCACACGGGCUCUUCAGGCACAGACGCCGCGCGUCCACCCAAAUCACCGCAGGCACGCGCCCGCACCCCAAAGAAGACCGGCAAGGCUCACCCCGGUCCUCCUCCUCUCAACAUCUCACCGGCCCCGCCAAUGCUCACCGUGACCACGGUGCCCAGAGAGACCAGCAGCGCAGCACAGCGCAUGCCAUUCCUCCUCCACAACUCCGCCAACAGCAACAACAACAACAACGCGCACAGCAUGCCCAAGACGUCGCCGGACCUGCUCGGCUCCCCAACGCGCGUGGCCACCCCGCAGCGCUGCGUGUCUCCGCUGGGCACCUCACCCCACCGGCAGCAUCACCAGAGAGCGUCGUCCCCGACCGCCGCAGCAAGCGCAGCCAACAAACAGCAGCUCAAGCAGCGCCCUCGCUCCAAGUCGAACACACUGCCUGCCAACCUGCGGCCCACAUUGCGCACUCAGCGCGCAAGCCAUCGCAGUAGCCACAAGUUCAACUCCCUCCCCCACAACCACCACCAGCAGCAACACAGCGAUGCGCAACAGCAGCAGCAACUUGGAUUGCCUUCUCCCUCGAGCAUGCUCACGACCCGGGCCACCACGCUGUCCGUUCGCCAUCAGCUCCACCCCUCAGACUCGACGCUCUCCUUCAACAGGGCAAGCCGCAGCCCGGCCAUGUUCUCGUUGCAGGAAGCCAUGUCUGGCAGCGGGGAUGGACAGGAGAGCCAUCAGGGCCGCAGCAGCGGUGACUCUGGCAAGCAGCGCCGCGGGACGGGCGAACACAGCAACGGAGAGCAGGCCACAGCGCGCGCCCGAAGCCCAAGCCCCCUCGGCAUGCAGCACCACCAGUCCCAAACGUACCUGUCGCAUGUGAUUUCCCGGUACAUUGACCACUUUCCCAUCUCGCGUCCAGCAACACCGCACAUGUCCCGCCAGCGGUCCGCUCUGAUGCCCGAGCUGCCGCGCAGCCCCACCACCACCAACCUCAACAACACGCCUGCCUCCCGUGUCGCCACGGCCAAGCCCAGCACCUGCCACCACUCGUCCUUCAACAACACAACCACAUCCGCGUUCAACUUCAACAACCUCACCCCGAGCAACCGCAACAGCUACAACUACACGCAGCAGCACGCAGGCACGCCGGCCAACAGGCCCAAGGCUGCCCUCAGCCGCAGCGCAACCAUGAACCGAUCCCUUCCCAUGCUUGCAGGCAACCGCUCCCGCUCCUCCUCCUGUGCCCCGCCAAUCGUGCAGACGCCGCUCACCUCCGACGCGCUGCGCCAGCUGGAGUACGAGACGCAGCACCUUGGCCACUGGCGCUCCGUGGAUGACCUCUUCCUCUCCAUGGCCGACCCAGCAGCGGACACGGCAUCCGUCGACUCUGCCCCGCUGCUGCCCUCGCGCAACCAGGCCAACCCGCACCAGCGCCACGAGGACCUGGGCCUGCUGCAGAUUGUCGACGUCACUGCCGCGGCUGGCAGCAGCACCACAAAGGCGCACCACGAAACGUACGGCCAUCUUGACGCGCCGCCUUCUCCAACCCGCACAGCGAACCUGCUCUCACCAGACAGGCUGCCGGGUGCCUUUCCUCACCGCACCAGCACCAUGUGA